GUUGCAGCCUGGGAGGCGGGCCGCCGGCCGCGGACGCGGCGGGAUGGGCACCCGGCAGACCAAGGGCAGCCUGGCGGAGAGAGCCAGCCCCAGCGCGGCGCCCGCUCCCCGCCGCGAACGGCCCGACUUCUGGGCGUCGCUGCUGCUGCGCGCCGGGGACAAGGCGGGGCGCGCGGGCGCGGGCGCGGGGCUGCCCCCCUACCACCGGCGCGUCGGCAUGGUCCAGGAGCUGCUGCGGAUGGUGCGCCAGGGCCGGCGGGAGGAGGCCGGGACGCUGCUGCAGCACCUGCGCCAGGACCUAGGCAUGGAGUCGACCUCGCUGGAUGACGUGCUGUACCGCUACGCCAGCUUCCGGAACCUGGUGGACCCCAUCACCCACGACCUCAUCAUCAGCCUGGCUCGCUACAUCCACUGCCCCAAGCCGGAAGGCGAUGCACUGGGCGCCAUGGAGAAGCUGUGCCGGCAGCUGACAUACCACCUCAGCCCCCACUCCCAGUGGAGGCGGCACCGGGGACUGGUGAAGAGGAAGCCACAGGCCUGCCUCAAGGCUGUCCUGGCUGGAAGCCCUCUGGACAACACGGUAGACCUGUCGGGCAUCCCGCUGACCUCCCGUGACCUGGAGCGGGUGAGCAGCUACCUGCAGCGCUGUGGGGAGCAGGUGGACAGUGUGGAGCUGGGCUUCACGGGCCUCACAGAUGACAUGGUCCUCCAGCUGUUGCCGGCACUCAGCUCGCUGCCCCGCCUCACCACGCUGGCCCUCAACGGCAACCGGCUGACCCGAGCGCUGCUGCGUGACCUCACCGACACCCUUAAGGACCCCAGCAAGUUUCCCAAUGUCACGUGGAUUGAUCUGGGCAACAACGUGGACAUCUUCUCCUUGCCCCAGCCCUUCCUGCUCAGCCUGCGCAAGCGCUCCCCGAAGCAGGGCCACCUCCCCACCAUCCUGGAGCUGGGCGAGAGCCCAGGCUGUGUAGAGGAGGCUUGGGAUGGAACAGUGGGCCAGGAGGACCCUGCAGGGGACCCUGUGGCCCCCCCUAAAGACCUUGAGGGCAGGGAAACUGCAGGUCCAGCUCAGACGUGACGUGGAAGUGGGGGCCUCACCAGGUAGUCCUUGUGGGGUAUGAUGGCUGAGGCAGAGUAACGACUACCCGAGCAGCCCCACCCGUGGGAAGCCAGAUCAGAAUCUGGGAAAGGGUGAUACUUCUCACUGGUCCAUCAUACCCCUCAUCCAUCUCCGUUAUCUUUGUUUGGCUCCUGAGAAUUCACCCCUGGCUCAAGAGUCAGCCCUCGGCCUCCCCACUCACAGGUUGGGAUGCUGGAAGCUUGAGCUGAGUGUAUGUAGUUGGGGCCUACAUCCAACCCAGGACUUGCAAAUUUUACAUUACAUUUGUUCUGUUCAGGGCAGCAAACUCCAGCCAGAUGCUAAAUGUGCUCAAGGCAGGUUGGCAUCUUGGUACCCCAUCUCCUGAGUGGCCCUUGGGGUAGGGAGACUGGGCUCCUGGCUGCCAGGUUCCAGGAGCCGUCGUCCUUUGGACUGAAGGCUGCCUACCUCCUCCUUGUGAACCCCUGGGCUCCUUGUAACUGACUUGUCUCAGCCCUUAACCCCAUGAUUCCAGAGGCCUGGCCAUGGGACCAGCCACCAGCCUUCAAUGUAGAAUAUCCUAGGGUAUCUGGAGCAGAUGGGAAUGCCCAGAGAAACCCCACACACACCCCCAAAGACUGACUUUUCCAUGGGUUGUUCCAGUGUUGCUAGUAAGGACCCUUUUCCAGUACUGUGAGUCUCUGAAUAAUAGUCCUUGCCUCGGCAUUCCCAAAAACUAUCAUGGAAGGUUCUUAUCAAACACCCAGGACAGGAAUGCAGAUCUGGGCCCUCCAAAGACAGCCAUAAGGGAAAAUGAGGUUCCCCAAAGCAAGUUUCCAUCCGCCCUUAACCAAGGCUCACCAAGCUUUUAAAAAUCCUUUCUAAACAUAAACAGCAAAUCCUGGGAACCAAUCUGAGCCAGAGAAAAUCAUGUCAGAUGUUCCCUCCUCAGGCCAUCAGAGGACUAGCAAGUGCAGCCCCACAGGAUGGUAGGCAAAAUGCCAACACAGGUAGACAAGAUGGGGGCUAGGCACAGCGCACUUUAGGAGUUACUAGAGGGCCAGGCCAAGGACAGCGCCCAGAGGAACUAGGGACUGGACUGUGUAUGGCUGCUUAGAUGCUCUGGGAAUUUUAGCCUCUAAGAGCAGCUUAGACCAUAGGAAGUUGACAAGUGCUGGACUAAUAUUUCCCAGCAGUGACCAAGUUUAACUUUCUUCAAAUACACAUUUAAGAACCAAUACCAAAGACCAUCCUUUGUUGUUUAUGGUAAUUGCAUGGAUAUUAAUUUCAGG